GAUUAAAGUUCUCCGUCGUUACGACGGAUUUCCGUUAAUUGUAGCGAGUCAUCGACGGAUUUCCGUCAAUUACACUGUUCCGCCUGUCCUUAAUGUUUUAAAUUCACUUUUCAUAAUUUUAAUGCUGUAUAUAUAGGCUUACAUUUCUCAAAUAGUGUAAUAAAUGUCUUAAUUUUAGUUUAAAUAGGUCUUAAAUUAAGGAAAGACAAAGUGUAUUCAGCCUGCUGAGGAGGAUGUGAUCAAAGCCUGGAGUGGAGCGAAUGCACGUUCCUCUCUUCACUAUAAGCGUUUUGUUAUCACUCCGGUAUGGAUCCACUCCGGGUUUUGGUUUAGUUUUGAAGAAGUACAUGUCAGGCUACGGCUGAGGUAUAAUUACAUUUAAGAUAGCAUGGACACACUUAUAAUGCAGGAAGGCUCCGAUGUUUCGGAGAUUGAUAAAAGUGUAAAAAAUAAAUGGAGAUGGGCUUGGCUUAGCGAAAUUGGGAAGAAUGGCAAGCCUUUUAGUUCGUGGGCUAAAAAAAUCAAACAACCAGGUACGUGUCUUUGCACAGUAUGCCACAGGAAAUUGAAAUAUGGCAAUAAUGGCAAAAAAGUGCUAGCUCGCCAUCAAUCAGAAGCUAGUCACAAUGCUGCCGUUCGUGCUCUACAGUACACAUGCUCCCUGCCUGGUGCGACAAGUACCACAACGGAGAUUCAUGCAUCUAUGGCCGACCGUGUGUGCGAUGUAAAAGUGCGCAUAUGUUCUUUCAUAGCGGAGCAUGACCUGUCGUUCACAGUCUCACAACCGCUAGUUAAUUUAAUGCAAUCAGUUGUCAAAGACAAGAGUGCACUUUCAAGAUUGUCUAUGUCUAAUGCACAUGCCUCCUACUUGUGCACACAUGGCAUUUCUGCUUAUUGGAAAUCCGAAUUGUCAUCUAAGCUGAAAACGAAGAUGUUUUCUUUAAAUGUAGAUGAGGCAACAGAUGGAAACAUGGACAGGAUUCUGAAUGUUCUUGUUCGGUACUAUGAUGAAGAUGUGGGAAAAGUGGCAACCCAGCAUCUAGCCUCGAGGAAACUGAAUAUUGCAGAUGCCUUAACAAUCACAAACACAUUGAAAGAUAUUCUCCAGUCAUAUAGCCUGAACUGGAAUCAGGUUGUUGGUAUACUGUUGGAUAACUGCAGUGUGAUGAGAGGGAAAAAGUCUGGAGUAGAGACACUAGUCAGAAGAGAAAAUCCAUCACUGCUGGAUGUCAGCGGAGACACUGUCCAUAUGGUCUCGAAUGCAGCCAAGGCCCUUUUAAAUCCUUUCCAGGGAUUUGUGGAACAAUUUUGCUCUGAUGUAUACUAUGACAUUGAAAAAUCACCCAAACAGAAAGAAGUUUUUUCUGAGUUUCAGUCCUUACUUCAUUUGGAGAAUAAGAGCCUAAUACGUCCCAUCAGCAGCAGGUUCCUGCAAAUGUUGGAUGUGUGCAACAGAAUACGGGAGCUUAUGGAUCCAUUGACUGUGCACUUCUACAGCGUCCUGUCUUCUCAUGAUCAACACAAACACAGAUGGCUCCUGAACCAGCUUCUUGAUAAGCAUGCAGUUACAUCUGAUGAGAAGGCCAGGAUAAUUUGUCUGCAACAGCAAAUGGCAAAAUCUGCAAGGAUCGGAAGUGAUGUCAACAAAAAACGAAAGACACGCAUCUGUAUGCUUUUUUCAGAGUUCGACAAGCUCACAACCAUUAUUGAUUUGUAUCGAGGUGUACUUCCAACUUUUCAGGUGUUCCUGAAGAAGUUGCAACAUGAAAAGCCCAUGAUUCAUGUGCUGCAUGCUGAAAUGCUGCUACUGGUUAGGGAACUUCUCUCCAAAUUUAUGAAGCCUGAAACUAUUCCUUUGAGUGCAAAGGGCUUGUUGAAGCUUAAUGUUCACCAGAGAGACCUGCAGUACACUGACAAAAGGUUGUCUGUGGGGAGAUUCAGCUUCUUUGCCUUAAACAAGGCUAGAGUAGAAAAGAAGCCCUGGGUGCAGAAGGUCUACAGCUCUCUCAGAGAAGGCUACAUAAAGGCAGCAACAUUCCUCCUGAAAAACCUGCCCCUCAACAACAACAUCAUCACCUCUUUAUCUGCGCUGACACCAUCAUUGAUUCUCCAUGAAUCAGUCCAAGGUGCAUUCAACACCUUGGCCAAGGCCUUGCCAAAUGCUGUGAAGUCAGAGGAGUUGGGUCAACUGGAUGAAGAGGUUCGAGCCUACCAGAUUAAUACAGAUCUAGGGACACAGGCCAAAUGCUUUGAGGAGAACAAUGCACGAAUCGAUGUUGACUGGUGGAGUAAGAUUUUCGCCAUGAAGAUGCCAGAAGGAGGAAUGAGGUUCCCCAUCUUAGGGAAGUUGGUAAAGGCUCUUCUGUCAUUGUUCACUGGCCCUCUUGUCGAAGGAUCAUUUAACAUGAUGGAUGAUAUAAUUGAGAAAGACAGGGUUAGGCUGAACAUUGAGACUUAUGAAGGCUUAGCCAUUCUCAAGUCCCACAUGAAGGUAAUGGGCAAAACUGCAUCUAAAAUGCAAAUUACCCCUGCAUUAAGGAGAUUUUGCCUGUCUUCUUAUGAGACAUACCAAAAUCAUCUGAAGAAAAAGAAGGUGAACCUUGACAAGCAAAAGGAAAGGAAACUGAGGGAAGCUGUGAAGGUCCUCUCAGCAGUUAGGGUUAGAAAAGUAAAGAAAGGUUCCACCUCUUCUGUUUGUGCUAAAGCCCCCACCUCUUCCACCCUUGGAGUUAAACGAAAAGCUGCUGCUACAGCCUCCACCCCUGCAGUUAAAGGCACUGCUGCUGCUACAGCCUCCACCUCUUCCGCCCUUGGAGUUAAACGAAAAGCUGCUGCUACAGCCUCCACCCCUGCAGUUAAAGGCACUGCUGCUGCUACAGCCUCCACCUCUUCCGCCCUUGGAGUUAAACGAAAAGCUGCUGCUACAGCCUCCACCCCUGCAGUUAAAGGCACUGCUGCUGCUACAGUCUCCACCUCCUCCACUGCUGGAGUUAAAGGUAAAGCUGUUGCUACAGCCUCUUUCUCCUCCACCCCUGGAGUUAAAGGCAAAACUGCUGCUACAGUCUCCACCCCCUCCACUGCUGGAGUUAAAGGUAAAGCUGUUGCUACAGCCUCUUUCUCCUCCACCCCUGCAGUUAAAGGCAAAACUGCUGCUACAGCCUCCACCCCUGCAGUUAAAGGCACUGCUGCUGCUACAGUCUCCACCCCCUCCACUGCUGGAGUUAAAGGUAAAGCUGUUGCUACAGCCUCUUUCUCCUCCACCCCUGCAGUUAAAGGCAAAACUGCUGCUACAGCCUCCACCCCUGCAGUUAAAGGCACUGCUGCUGCUACAGUCUCCACCCCCUCCACUGCUGGAGUUAAAGGUAAAGCUGUUGCUACAGCCUCUUUCUCCUCCACCCCUGCAGUUAAAGGCAAAACUGCUGCUACAGCCUCCACCCCCUCCACCUCUCCUGGAGCCACUCCUGCACAUGUAGCUAGUCAAACACUAAAACGGGUGUCAGGUGUAGCCAAGCUUCAGGAAUAUGGUUUCACAGCCAAAAAGCAGAAAAAGUGAAAAGCACUCUAGAGACAUUUGCACAAGAAAAGCACUUUUUGGAAUUUAAUGGUGGUGCAGUUACUUUUUUUCCUGUUAAUUAUUAAUAGUUUCACAAAACAUUGUUUGGUGUUAUAAGAAACAUAAAACAUGCACUGAAAAUGCACUUUUUGAAAAAGCACUUUUUGGAAUUUAAUGGUGAUGCUAUUACUUUUUUUUUUUUCCUGUUCAUUAUUAAGAGUUUCACAAAACAUUGUUUGGUGUUAUAAGAUAAAUAAAAACAUGCACUGAAAAGAUGUGUGGUAGAUGGUUGAUUAUUUGUCAAGGUAUAUUUUUUUUCAAAGAUUACAAAUAGCUUUUAAAAUAUGCAAACUGGCAAUAUUAAAGCGGUUUAAUCUCCCCUUAAAACGCUAUUGGUCUCGACUAUUUAAAUAAAGUGUUUGUUAAAGGAAUAUGGCUUGGCCUGAAAAAUGUUCAGUCAGAAGAUUUUUUUUCACUUUAAUCCCUGUGUAUAUGUGUAUGUUUCUCCUGUGCUCUCACAACCAUGUCUGAUGUCAGUACGGCACAGUUAAUUGUAAAUUAUUUUGUUUAGUUCGUAGGUUGUUUGGAAUGCAAAAGGAUAGCUUGAUUAGGUGAGUAAAUUAGGACCAAGAUUGUGGAUCUGAGAAUAUUUAAGAAGGUGAUUUAUGGGUGCUAAAUAAACUGGAAUCAAUACAGAUUUUACUAUGUUACAGACCAAACACAAGCAGCACUUGUAUAGUCUAUAUUCCCUUCUUAAUUAUCAAUUUCUUCACUGUAUAAAAAAAAAAUAAUUUCCCAUUUACUGUCAGUACUGCCCCAAAGAAAAAUCUCUGUAAACAAGUCCUUUUAUCUUAUACAAAUUUGCUAAAAUACUCAUUAUGAAAAUGAAAAAGAAAGUGAGGUUUUAUGUCAGUGUGUCAUGUUGUGGCCAAAAUGAUACUUGUCCCAUGAAGCAUUUUCAAAACCAUUUUCCCCAAACCCUGUCCCUUUUUCAGAAGUCUGAACUCUUUUUGACUGGUGACUGUGAGACUGAGUGGACCAAUGAAAUUUUGCAUUUAACUGGUUUACAUUUAUGCAUUUUAGCAGACGCUUUUAUCCAAAGCGACUUACAGUGCAUUGAGGCUAUACAUUUUUACCCACAACCUUUGCGCUGCAAACACAGUUUAAAGGGAAAAUCAUGCACACAAAG